AUGAACCAGGGCAAGCGCCAGUCGGCGCGGCCCGGCGACUACUCGGCGAAAGGCGUGGGGAAGAUCCCCGCGGAGGUCAAGGCCAUGGCGCGCCAGAUGGGCAUCCCCGCGUCGGAGCUCGCCAACGCCGACGGCAUGUGGCAGAAGCUGACGAAGAUGUCGGAGGAGGACCCCGACGGCUACAGCGAGCUGCUCACGGAGAGCGCCAAGCACAUGGCCAAGGCCAACGGCGACGAGCUCGCCGAGGGCAUGGAGCCCGACGACGCCAAGGCGAACGAGCUCAUGUCGAAGCUCAUGACGCCCGACGCGCUGACGCCGGCGGCGGGCUACGUCAUCAAGGCGGCGCUCAAGUACAACGGCGGCAAGCUCAUGAUCAACUGCUGCGCGCACCCGGCGCUCCAGCCGCCCAACGACGCCGCGGGGCUGCCCGUGGACGUGAAAUCCCAAAAACCCGGCUGGUCGUCCGCGUCGGGCCUGCAGAUCCCCAUGGUCGUCGGCUCGGCGCGGCCCUGCGCCGUCGCCGGCGCCGGCGACCAGGUCGGCAGCGGCCAGGCCAUCGACGUGCUCUUCCACCCCUGGGUCCUGGACCAGGUCGCGGCCGAGGGGCCCCGGUCGCCGUUCAAGCGCGACGUCUCCGCGCUCGCCGUGCGCUGGGUCGCGGCGGAGUCGAAGCUCGCCGUCGACACGGACGCCAAGAGCUGGAAGCACAUCAACUCCAAGUACAAGGGCGGCGGCGGCAAGGCCGGCGACGAGCCUGUGGCUUUUCCCCUGGACGAGGUCUCGUUCCAGUCCGCGCCCCCCGGCUCCCGGGAGAAGAAGAAGGCGCCGCCCAAGGACGUCAAGCCGAACGCCGAGGCGACGGGCGUCGCCGCGUCGCCGGAGAGCCUCCUCGCGCGCGCGCGGGGCCUCGCCGCGGACCGCGAGAAGGAGAACGGGCUGGCCAUGAAGCUGCCCGAGACGGCGGCCCAGAAGAAGAAGGUCAUGAUCCAGGAGGUGGCCCCCGACGACGCCCUCGAGGCGUCGACCGACGGCUUCGACAUCUCGAGCGACGCGCCGGCGAAGCCGAAGAAGCCCGCGGUGACGAAGGGCUUCCUCGCGGGCGACAAGGCGAAGCAGGCCAAGCCCCUCUACCCGAACGGGAGCUCGCAGGGCGACUCGCAGAAGGAGGGCACCUACAGCCGCUUCAUGUCCAAGUGCAAGGUCGUCGACACGACGCAGAUGACCAAGGAGGAACAGGACGCCGCGCUCCGCAAGCACGCCGAGGGCGGCCAGGUGGGCAACAAGCCCGCGGCGGCGGCGCCGAAGCCGCCGGCGGAGCCCGACUAUUCCACCAAGGCCUUCGACAAGAUCACCAAGGGCUUCCUCGACGACGACACGAAGCCGUCGCUCUACGGCGACGACGAGGCGGCGACGCGCGACUCGAGGGUCGCGGACCCGGUCUUCGACGCGAUGAUGGCCGACGUCGACAGGGAGUUCUCGAACGCGACGAAGAAAGCCGCGGCGCCGGCCGACGACGACGACGACGGCACCAUCGACCAGCUGCGAUCCUUCGCGGACAAGCUCGACUUCGGCGGCAUGUUCGGCGACUUUGGGAAGCCGGAGCCGGCGCCCGCGGAGAAGUUCCCCGAGAAGCCCGAGGUUGAGCGCGAGGCCCCCAGGAAGCGCGAGAAGAAGGGCGUCCUCAAGGACUUCAAGGAGGGCUUCAUCGCCACGGCCGACGCCAAGGCGACGGACCGCCUCAACGCCGCCAAGGCCGCCAAGGCCGCCGCGCCGCCGCCGCCGCCGCCCGCCGCGGCGGCGGCCGCGGACGCGCCGGGCUUCGCGUACGAGUCCAAGGACCUCGAGCGCGACGCGUCGGGCCGGCGGCGCGUCCAGAUCGUCGCCAAGCUCGACGGCGCCGCGUCCAUGAAGGACGUCGACCUGGACGUCUCCGGCGCGACGCUCCGCCUCAAGGUCGACCGCCGCAAGGCGAAGAUUGCGCUCCCCUUCGCCGCGGACCCGGCGGCCGCGUCGGCGAAAUUCUCCAAGAAGAAGCAGCAGCUCACGGUCGUGCUGACGUCCGACGCUUAA